GUGUUUCUCCUGGGGGCCACGGACCGACCGAUUCGAAUCACCGCCAUGGCAACAUUCUCGGCAGCGCAGUUGGACAAGUUUGCCGGGACCAAGCGCAUCACGCAGGAGACCUUUGACGCAGCGGUGCGAGAGAAUAUCGAUGAAUUUGAGAUGGAGCCCCAGGAGGCCCUGAAGAGCGCGGUCGACGAGUUCUCGGCGCAGGGGGUGGACCUCAGUAACAUCAUCAAGACGGUUGACGGAGGCGACAUCACCUCCCACCCUGCCACCGUGGCGGUGCACGCACUGCAGGCAGCGGCAGCAGCCGGCGACUUCCGCGCCAUGGCGUCGGCAGCCAAUGACAUUGCAGCGGCUGCCGGCGCGGGGGCCGGCAGCGAGGGUGCGGCGCUGGUGCUCCACCGAACCGGCGCGGCGCAGGCAGUCGUACAAAGCUUGGCAGCGGCAGCCGUUGACCAGCACGCGCUGCUGCACAUCCUGCAAGCUUUGGCAGCCCUGCUGGGCGCCGGCAGCAGGGAGCUGCAGGCCGAUUUCCUGCAGGCAGCAGGCGUGCCCGCACUGCAGCGAGUGCUCUCCAGCCAGCCCUGCAGCGGCACGCUGGCUGCUGCAGCACUGCAGGCGGCAGCUGCCAGCGCAGAGAAGAACGAGGAGGGCAAGGCGGCGCUGAUGGAGUCGGGGUGCGGGAGCAGCUGCCUGGAGGUGAUGCAGCGGUAUGCGGAUGAGCCAGAAGCGGUGCAGGCGGCUUGCGCCGUGCUGUGCGCGCUGACCAACCCCGAUGACGACACCCAGCCUGGCUCCAGGCGAGCUGUGGGGCAGCGGGGGCGCACUGUGCUGGCGUUCCCCAAUGCCAGGGCCCUGGCCAAGGACGGAGCCGCCAAGCAGCUGGUGGAGACGCUGCGGGGCUAUGCGGCACAGUUGCCAGAGGUCACGGCUGCCGUGGCGAGUGCGCUGAAGCAGGUAGCUGCCAACGAGGAAAUCUGUCAAGAGGUGGCGGCAGUGGGCGGCAUGCAGCUGAUCCUGCAGAUUCUGAGGACAGGCAUGGCUGAUGUUGUCCUGGUGCGCCCGCUGUGUGCGCUGCUGCGUCAGCUAGUCAACAGUGACGGUAACAAGACGCUGCUGGUGGAGUCGGGCGGCUUGGAGCUGCUUGCUGCUCUGCUGUCGGCCUACAGCAGUAACCCUGGGGUCCUGGAGCAGGCGCUGGGCCUGCUGACAAAUGCCACGCUGCGCAACCCCGAGGCAGCUUCCAAGGCGUUGGAGUGCGGAUGUCUCGAUGCCAUGCUGGAGCUGAUUCGCGUCGCACUUGCAUCAUCCAACGGCAAGGAGAACCGUUCAGCCACAGCAGUGCAGCGGCAGGCGUGCAUGGCCAUUCGCAACAGCGCUGCCAGGAACCCGGAUGUGCGGGCCGUUCUGCUGGACAAGGGGGCAGAGGGCCUGCUUCGCCAGCUCAAGGCAGCCUACCCGUCCUGUGCCGAUGCCGGUUCAGCUGCGCUACGAGAUCUAGGGCUGGACAAUUACAACAAUUGAUGAGGAAUCAGGAACCGAGGGCCGAGGCACACAUGUGAAGCAAACCGACAGAACAAGUUUUUGUGCAAUGCUUCAACUCAAUGCCGUUCAUUGUUUGGUGUUUGCAGCAAGCUGUGCGCCGCCACUGCCGUCACCUGCAUUUGCUGCCCAGCUCUUCACUGCUUGCACUACAGUCGGAAUCCACAAUGCAGCGUUGAACAAUAACAACCCCGC